UGUCUUUCUACUGCAUGCCGCGAAUCUAUUAUCAACAACAUGGCAAUGUCAGCGUCCAACUCAGAGCGAGCUUCCGGCAAUCGAAAUGUACUAAGGCUUUCUAUUCAUAAUGAAGAGGGAAUUGAAGAGAAGGUUAGAAUUGAUAGCAUUAUCGAUGCUGAGGCAGCUGCAAAGGAGAGACGCAGAACGCAAAACAGAAUUGCUCAGCGGAAACACAGGCGCCGAAAGGCCGAGAAGAAACUAUCUGCCAUGUCCACAUCACCUGAUAUUCGAGUGCUGUCUCACCCUGGGCCCUGCUGCUCUUGCGUUACAGGACGGCCAGGGAAUGUUGGGACAGAGGAUUACAGCCAGAAUUUCAUAUCCAUCACAUCCCCAAACUCAUCCUAUGGUCCUCUUACUCCUUCGGCUUUUUCUGAUUAUGAGGGCCAUUCCACCGUGUCCGCCAGAGAGGUGAUCGGCAACGAGCUCCCCAACCAGUGGUCUCCAUUUUGGUCAGCGACAUCUCCAUUAUUCGACACCGACGCUAAUGUCCUGCCGCCCGGAGACGCUCUUGAUGGCCGUAGCCACAGCCCCAUCCCAAGUUCAGCAUCACUGGAUAUUCAGUCUUUUCAGGAUUCGCAGUCUUCGGCGUCAGCCCUGCCGUACGACGUAUCCCCGGGCCUCUUGAGAAGACAAAAAAGUAAUUCACUAUCCCCAGAAGCACCUAUCGGUGGCCAAUUCCCUCUGCAUUUGGCUGCAAGGGGUGGGUACAUAGGAACUAUAAGCCUCCUCAUUAGCAGAGGAGCUAGGCUAGACAUUAAAGACACAUAUGGGCGAACUGCGCUGCACUAUGCUGCUGAGGCUGGUCAAUUCGAGGCUGUGACCAUGCUACUCUCCUUGGGAGCAAACCCUUUUCUGGCAGACGGCGAAGGAUGUAGUAGCUUACAUGUCGCUGCCAGUAAGGGUCGAGAAGACAUAGUUCGGGUGCUGAUGGAGCGGGG